AUGUCGUUCCACGGAAAACCGCCAGCCACCGCAACCGACCUCGCUGCUUGGGAGGAGCAGUUGGAAGCGCUAAAGCAUGUGAGAAGGGCAAGCGACAGGCUGCAGGGGCAACAUCGCCGCUCUCCAAAGCCGAAGCAACACAAGAAGCAAGCGCCAACGCCGGCCCCAAGGCAGACCAGUCACCAUGUCAAGGCCAUCAUCAGCGACAACCACGUCCAGAAUACGGACAUCAAGGCUGGCAAUGGGCCCAGCGCUGAUGCAGGCGUCCUCCGUGCCGUGGUGCGCCAACACGCCUUCAACAUCGUCCGCCACAACGUCUUCGUCAAGAACUAA